AUGACCGCCGCAGCCACCGCCGGCAGCACCCACAAGCUCACCAGCACCAAGGAGGAGAGGAAGCUAAGGAAACCCCUCAUUGAGCGGAAACGAAGGGAAAGGAUUAAUAACUGCUUGGACCAGCUGAAGGAGACCGUUGUGGGCGCGUUUCACCUGGAUCAGUCUAAACUGGAAAAAGCAGACAUCCUCGAAAUGACGGUGAAGCACCUCCAGAACAUCCAGAGCAGCAAGCUGAUGGCCGACUCCAAAGUGGGUCUGGAAGCCCAGCAGAGGUACAGCACCGGGUACAUUCAGUGCAUGCAUGAGGUGCACAACCUCCUCCUCACCUGCGAGUGGAUGGACAAGACCCUCGGGGCGCGCCUGUUAAACCACCUGCUGAAAUCCUUACCCAGGUCUGGCGAAGACACCUGCAAAGCAGCAUUAAGGUCUUCAAGCCCAUCUCAGCAGCCUCUCCCGACACCAAAAAGCCCCCUGAGCCUGAAGGGGAGCACUCGGGGCACAAACCCAUCACAGGAGUGCUUCUACCCUGCGGAGAACAAGCAGGCUUCGAAAAAUUCCUUCCAGCUGCCAUCGCUGUCGGUUUUCAGCCAGGUUGAUGCUGUACCUCCCAGGCAGGUCCUGCAGCCAAAUUUUUCCCAUAACAACCCUAGAAUGGGGUCAUUAGAUAUGUGGAGACCAUGGUAA